ACCAUAAUUGGAUUUUGAUAAAAACCGAUGUACAUGAGAUGGUGUUGAAUUACAGACGACCAUAUAGCGCUGCCAGAGUGUUGUUCAAAAAACGAACAAACAAAAGUGUCGCGACUAAAAUACGCAGUAAAAUUAGAAAGCCAGACAUUCUAUUUCCUAUUCAAACAUUAAAUAGGCUAUCACAAAAAGUCCAAAGAGCAAACGCAUUGUUUGUACGGCCGGUUUCAUUGUGCAUAAUGAAUUAAAACAUCAUUGUUCCCGAUGCAUCCUGCGAGCAAUGUUGACAUUGUUGAUGCCCGUGGCUCGAUGAAUGCACGCGUGCUCCGAAAUAGCGAACACGCCUGCGCCUUGCACGCCGUGACGCGGUGCGACAGCUGACUGCUGGCUCCCACCGCGCAAGUUCAGUGCUCACAGUGCUCACCAUCCGGCCCUUCUGCCAGAGGCCAGUCAACUGUUUAGUGCUGUGCGUUUCGAUCGUGCGUACCGCGAUUCGAUUUUCGAAUGUUUCCGUUGUGACGAUAACACUAAUUGAAGUUUUUUGAGUAACGUUCUAUAUUUAUUUGUGAUUAUUGUGCAGUUCGUUUCUGUAACUAUUUGCUGAUGCAAGUACUGUAAGCGCUUUUACCGGAAUUGAAAGCUCACAAUGGACUUGGAAUUCCGGAACCUGAAAUACACAGUAUUCAGUCGCAUAUCAAAAGGAAAACGGCGGGAUGUGGUCAAAGGGGUACACGGCAAGUUCCGGUCCGGACAUCUGGUGGCCAUCAUGGGACCCUCGGGUGCCGGAAAAAGCUCCCUCCUCAACGCUAUCUCCGGAUAUCGAUCCGUCGGGGUAUCAGGCGAGCUCCUAGUCAAUGGACAGAUUCGGAACGAGCACCAGUUCCAACGUUCCUCAUGCUACAUCACACAAGAAGAUCUACUACAGCCUCUGCUGACAGUACGAGAGGCCAUGGACGUAGCUGCGAAAUUAAAGCUACCUAGAGGAGCGCAGGCGCACGCUACGGAGAUCCUACAAGAGCUUGGACUGUUGGAGCAUCAGCAUACGAAGACGGACUUGCUGUCUGGAGGACAGAAGAAGAGACUAUCCAUCGCCCUUGAGCUAGUAAACAAUCCGCCAGUGUUCUUCUUGGAUGAGCCCACCAGUGGGCUCGACACCGUCACCACAGUGCAGUGUGUGAAACUUCUGAGACAGUUGGCGAGGCAGGGUCGCACUGUUGUGUGCACCAUUCACCAGCCCGCGGCUUCGCUACUGGAGCUAUUUGACCAGGUGUACGUGUUAGCUGAUGGUCGGUGCAUCUACCAAGGAGACACGGCCGCUAUGGUACCUCAUCUGCAGAGCGUCGGCCUGCCAUGUCCACGGCACCACAACCCUGCUGACUUUAUAAUCGAAGUGACAGAAAACCCGGACAACAUAACGUUACUAUGCGAAGAAAUACUAAACGGACAACUGUACAAAUCGUCAAAGCUUGAGCAGACGGAGCCAGUCAACAACAUGGAGCUGAAGAUUUGUUAUCAGACAGAGGAGGCUCAGGAGACGGAGAUCAUGCUGAGCAACGAGAAGUGCUUAUAUAAAGUGCCGAAGUAUAAUGGCAGUACGUCGAGCAGCUCUUUGACUAGUCAGGUUUCACAGAUAAAUUCGUCGAUGGACUGGAUGAAAGUGCAAGACCAGUCUGAUUCGUGCGGGUACCCGACCACAUUCUUUCAGCAGUUCUAUACUCUGCUUUGUAGAAUGAUGACGCAAAUAUUCAGGAACCGAACAGGUCUCUGGAUCCAAUUGAUCCACCACGUCAUGUGCGGUAUCCUGAUCGGGCUGUGCUUCCUAAACAUGGCGAAUGACGGCACUCAGAUGUUCAAUCACCUGAAGAUGUGUGUGGGUCUCGUCAUAUUCUUCGCCUACACGCAGAUCAUGGUGCCAGUGUUAGUGUAUCCCCAAGAAGUGAAACUCGUGAAGAAAGAGCACUUCAACCGCUGGUACAGCCUCACGCCGUACUACGCGGCGUUAACAGUGUCCAAGUUACCAGUACAAAUCACGCUCAACUGUGUGUUCUCAACGAUCGUGUACUUCAUGGUGGGAGUGCCGUUCCAAGUGACGAGGUUCAUCGCGUUCUGUUUGAUCGGGAACGUGGUGUCGCUGGUGUCUGAGGGCAUGGGCAUGGCUAUUGGAUCAGUGUUCAAUGUUAGAAACGGCUGCGCCAUCGGGCCCACAGCCAUCGCCCCGUUCCUCGGCCUCGCAAUCUACGGCUUCGACUUCGCUCACCGCAUCCCGCUCCUCAUGAACCUUCUCAUGAAGACCUCCUUCAUACGCUGCGGAGUCGUCGCCAUGGUACUAACCAUCUUCGGCUUCGGACGAACACCUCUCGACUGCAAGGACGUCUACUGUCACUUCUCAAAACCUGAUGUCUUACUAAAAUACUUAGACAUCGAACGAAGCUCAGUCUGGAUAGAAAUCAUGACCAUGGUGGAAUUAUGCUUGUCUUCAGAUCACUCUGCUAUAUUGGUCUAAGAUGGCGUUUCGCCACCUGAUUAGAAGUUAGUUUUAGUUCUGUGAUAUUGUUUUAAAGUCUUUGGAUUUUCAGUACAAAGAUUUUGAUAGCAUGUGAUCUUAAGGGUAUAAAAUUAGUUAAGGAUUAAUUUAUGAUUCUGUUACUUUAAUUAUAGCUUUAAUUUAAAGAUCAGAAACUGCUUUAUAAGUUGGAAUAUUGUACCGUAUAUUUUACAUGAAGGUAAAUAAUGUUUAGUGAGGAAUGUAUUAAACCAAAGAUACUUUUCAAUAGUAUCUAGGUAGACUUCUCGAAUUUCAUAUGUAUAAUUUAUGUGUGAUUUUAGCCUCAGAAAUGAAGUUAGCGUAAAUGCAUUGCCUUUAUAUUUGCAAACAAGCUAGGUAGGUACGCUAAGUACCUACGGCAAGAUUACAUUGCGGUGGUAUAUGUCACUGUACUAAAGCUGUGUGAAUAAUUAUUAUUUAUUUAGAGAGGUAGGUACUUAUUUGUAUGUUUUUAUGGUUAUAUGAAAUUUCUUAAACAAUACAAUCUCAAUUGAAGCAAGCUUUAGUCGUUCAAUCUAUAGGCUGACCUAAUCUCACUUUAUGUAUUGGUUAACUAUUUAACGGUGCUUUUACCUAAUUUGUAGAAGAUGAUUCUUGUUUGAGCAUAGCGUUAUUAUAAUAUAUACCCAGUAAAGAUGAUAACAUUAAAUAAUGACUUAGCUAAGUGCCUCAAAAAUAAUUAAGGAUAUCACCAAAACUCAUACAGCCUAUGAAACAGACUGUUUAGAAGAUAUUUUGAAAUAAGGUAGCCAAUAUUUUUUGUACUUUUUUAAAGAGUAUCGCAAAUAAGUAAACAGAGAAGAUUGUCAAUUUCUUGACAGUGGUAUAACCAGCAGCAGUGAAAGGGUUUUUUUCAAAAUUAUGCCUACAAUUAUAAAUAUCGUUGCCAAAAAUAUGGGCUUUGGGAAUGCAAAGUUGCAACGAAAAAAUACUCGUAACACCUCUCUUAUGGAAAUGAUGAGGCACAUGCUGUAUCUAUUGGGAACGUCAAUCUUCUCUAUUUAGUUGUUUCUAGGUAAUGUGGAGAAAAUACAGAUAUGAGUAAAA